CCGCCAACGUACGACCUACUGCCGGGGAGAAGGCCAGGUACUGGAAGCUACCAGGGACCUGUUGCUUGAUAGCUUUUAGUUGUUGUUGUCAACCUUCCAAGUGUCUUUCGUCUAGCUUUGUUCCAGGCUUGUCACUGGCUUAUCAUGGCUUCCAGUCACACUGUGUUGAUGCGGCUGGUGGCCUCGGCGUAUUCUGUUGCUCAAAAGGCAGGAACCAUAAUCAGACGUGUUCUUGCUGAAGGAGACCUGGGUAUCGUGGAGAAGACCUGUCCCACAGACCUGCAGACCAAAGCUGACCGGUUGGCACAAAUGAGUGUAUGCUCUUCACUGGCACGUAAAUUCCCCAAACUAACAAUUAUAGGGGAGGAGGAUCUGCCUUCUGAAGAAGUAGAUCAAGAACUGAUUGAAGAUGGUCAGUGGGAGGAGAUACUGAAGCAACCGUGCCCAUCACAGUACAGUGCUAUUAAAGAGGAGGACCUUGUGGUCUGGGUUGAUCCUCUGGACGGGACGAAGGAAUACACUGAAGGUCUUCUUGACAACGUGACAGUUCUUAUUGGAAUUGCUUAUGAAGGAAGAGCCAUAGCAGGAGUUAUUAAUCAGCCGUAUUACAACUACCAGAACAAUGAAAAACAGAAGUUAAGGGAACACGGGAAUGAAGCAAAGGCAGGACCAGAUGCUGUGUUGGGGAGGACAAUCUGGGGAGUUUUAGGUUUAGGUGCCUUUGGGUUUCAGCUGAAAGAGGCACCUGCUGGAAAACACAUCAUCACAACCACCCGGUCCCAUGGCAGCAAGUUGGUGAUGGACUGCGUGGCGGCUAUGAACCCGGACGAUGUGCUACGAGUGGGAGGAGCAGGAAAUAAGGCUUCCAUCCUCCUGAAAAAAUUGUGAAAUGGAACACAAUUUGAUCUUCAUCCUUCCCAGCCCUGAUCUCUUCUCCUCUGAUUGCCCCCCUGGAUAUCAUCAUCCUGACAUCCUUCAGGUAUCUCAAAGUCAACAUGUCUAGUUGGAGCUCUUCCUUUUUCUUCCUGCUCCAUGUGCGUUCCUCCUAUUUCCUGUCUGCUAAAUGGCACCACCAUUUUCCUAACUGCUCCAGGCAGACACCUGAAAGUCUUCCUACACUCCUUCAUUCCUCACAGCCUAUCUCUGUAUCUUCUUAAUUCCUCCCUAAUGUCUCCUCUUGUCCAUCUUAACUGCCCCCACCCUACUUGAAUCCUAUUAUCAUCCUUCACCCAGACUUUACAGCUUGCAGUGGUCUUUCUGUUCAGUCCCAGCCCUCACAUUAACAAAGAGCCGUUAAACAUGCAAAACUUACCAUCUGCCACUCCCUUGCCCCAGACCCUUGGACACCUCCCUGCACCACAAUUGAAAAUCCAAGCCUAUAAGAAUGGAAUGUAAAUUCCUCUAUAUCUUGUUCCUUGGACACACCCAAGCCUUAUCUCACGACAUCCCCCAGCUCAGAAGCUAGUGAUACUGCCCGUGGUUCUGGAUGCAUGUGCAUUGCACACUUGUGUGCCUGGCACAGGAAGGCAAAGAAUAAAUACUUACCGAACUGAGUGGAUUUAAUUUUUCUUCACCUACCCUUUGGAAGCAAUAAUCAACCAUUUUUAGAUUUUUCAAAAGCACUUACUGGUAUGAGGAUGAAAAUAGGAGUUUAAAAAUAAUAAUGUUUUGGAAAGAAACCUAAAACAUUUCAAAGUAAAAAUAUAUUCUUGGUAUUCACCAAAUAUAAAUAGUGACAGGUGUGAUUGCUCUUUGCCCUUACUUUUAUAACCACAAAAAUCCCAUUACAUCUUUUAUUCCCAAGGAGCACCAUACCCCUUAGGAACAAAGUCCCCAUCCUGCACAUUCCCCACCUUUUCUCCUAUAAAAAGACCUUGUUAGGCAGUUAUUCACUUUUUUUAUAUAUAUCAAGGACUUAUUUAAGGAUCUAAUGAAGGCUAUAGCCCUUCCUCCCUCAAAAAAUAUACCUGAAAUAGUUCUUGGCCCAUAAUAAGACUUGACACACAGUUGCUAAAUGAAAGGAAAACCGUUUACUUAAAAGUCUCCAGGAAGGUUUAAUCAAGUUUGCUGGCGUUCUUGAGCAUCAAGAAAAACAAUUGAAUGUGACCAAUUCCUUUCCUUCAAGAAUUCCCUGGAUUUUCCUCAUUCUGUCAGUGUGGCCUCCUCAUCUGAAUAUUUGAAAUCUGAAUUUUAUAGUACUGAUUAUUUUACAGCAUAACCAAAAAAUAAGUAAAUAACUAAUGAAAGCUUGAUAUAAUUGCUCUUUAUAGAAUCAUGCAAUUUCUAUCAGUGACCUCAGUUUUGUUUGAGAGUUGUAAGAGUUACUAAGAUGACAAUUUAAAAAUUCAUAUUUUGGCAUUAGAAACCGCAAUGCAUAGGAUUCCCAAGACUUCAGAAGCUACUUGUUAGACUAGUCCGCGCUGCGUAUCUGUUAGGACUUACUAUAGUUUAUACAUUAGCGCACUACUUGAUAUUCUUCUAUCCUUUAUCUAACAAUGGUCACUUCCUUACGAGAUUGAAAAACUUUCAUUUUUCUAUAAUAUGCAAUAUGUUGAUUUUACAGUAAGAGAAAAACAACAUAAUAAAAAGAAAAUUAAAUCUAUCUGACUAGGACUAUGAAGACUGUUCCGAUAGACUCGUAGCUUAUUAAACCACUUUCCCCCCUCAGGUCACUAUAUUCUUCUAUAUUCUAUAGUAUUCUAUAUGUUUCUCCCUAAUACUCAUAUCAUUUAAACCUGCUAAAAGCUUUAACCUAAGUUGAGUUGGACAGAGGAAUUGAAGUAUACUUGAUAAA